UGAUAUAAAGCUGACAACUUCCAAAGCCUUCUGAUGACUUCAGGCUUGCCAGACUUGCUGGUUAAGAGUGACCUCCAUUGCAGAUCGGUUGAACGUGGACUUCGCCCUCAUCCACAAGGAGCGCAAGAAGGCCAACGAGGUGGAUCGCAUGGUGCUGGUGGGGGAUGUGAAGGACAGAGUGGCCAUCCUGGUGGAUGAUAUGGCAGAUACAUGUGGUACCAUCUGUCAUGCUGCAGACAAGCUUGUGUCAGCUGGAGCCACCAAAGUUUAUGCCAUCCUAACUCAUGGGAUCUUUUCUGGGCCAGCAAUCUCUCGAAUCAACAAUGCCUGUUUUGAGGCAGUUGUAGUUACAAACACAAUACCCCAGGAGGACAAGAUGAAGCAAUGCCCUAAAAUCCAGGUGAUUGACAUCUCAAUGAUCCUUGCAGAGGCCAUCAGGAGGACUCAUAAUGGGGAAUCUGUCUCCUACCUAUUCAGCCAUGUCCCUUUAUAACAACAGAUGUGCCAGCUGCUGCUUGUAUGGCUUUUUUUUUUUUUUAAACCAAAAGUUGUUCAGCUUGUUGUAAAGUUCAGUAGAGGACUCUGCUUUUUGGUUCCAGUGCAGCUCUCCACAGCUGCUCCUGCUUAAGUCAGGCUUACUGGCUCUGCUCCCAGCACUGGGAGGCAGAGGGAGGGAAGCUCAUCUCUAUAACACUCCAGCUCCACCAGCAACCCUGUGCACUGGGGCUCAGCAGUAGCACUGACUCAGUCUGCAGACCUGUGGAGAGCAGGACUGACACAUGGCUCAUUGCCACAAUUAUUUUAUAGGGAGGGGGGUGGG